AAAAAAUCGAACUGUCACAAUUUUUUUUGAAACAUGGGCGGUCUUAAUCGAAAUCUGUUCUUGGCCAUCGUUGCGGCAGCGGUCGGUUCCGGCUUCCAGCACGGGUAUCACACUGGGGUGAUCAACGUCCCGCAGGCCAUUUUGAAAGAUUGGAUAAGAACACUAUGGGAGGACCGACUCAACUCGGAUUUGUCCGACUCGACAAUAAACGUGCUGUGGGGAGUCACCACGUCCAUCAUGAACGUCGGGGGAACCAUCGGUGGGGUCUUAAGUGGACUGGCCGCGACCAAGUUCGGCCCCAAGUCCGCUUUGUUCUACAACAACUUUCUGGUGCUCAUUGCGUCAGCUCUGAUGUGUUUCGCACAGUUGGCAAACUCGUACGCGAUGAUGAUCCUGGGGAGAUUGGUCAUCGGGGUGAAUUGUGGCUUCAAUGCCGGGCUUUGCCCCAUGUACCUUACGGAGAUUUCGCCAGUGGAACUCCGAGGCGCCCUUGGCAGUGUCUAUCAACUACUUAUUGUAAUUUCCAUCCUUACUUCCCAAAUUGUGGGGCUUGAAAUGAUCCUAGGCAAUGACUAUUGGCCCGUGCUUUUUGCAUUAUCCGUCGUGUUCGCAAUUUUUCAGGUCGUUACAAUCUUCUUUUGCCCGGAAUCUCCCAAAUAUUUGAUCAGCGUUAAGCAGGAUAAUCAGUCAGCCGAGAAGUCGCUAAAAUUCUUGCGACGCUCCGAUGAUGUCAAUGACGAACUUUCCGCACUUAAGAAGGAAGACGAAGCGAAUAAAAAUAUGCCGAAAGUGACCAUCAAACAAAUGUUCCGAGAUAAAUCAUUGAAAAUUCCCUUAUUUAUUGCUAUGCUUGUGAUGGUGGCACAACAAUUCAGUGGAAUCAACAUUGUUAUUUUCUACUCAACGGAAACCUUUAUUCGCGGUGGUCUCUCAGAAGAGAAUGCACAAUACGCCACAAUUGGAAUUGGUAUCGUCAAUCUAAUCAUGACAGUGAUUUCCAUGAUUUUGGUGGAAAUCGCCGGAAGGAAGACUCUUCUCUUGGUGGCGUUUGGCGGGAUGGCAAUUGAUACUCUUUUGCUGGCCUUGGCAUUGCAUUUCUCGAAAGAAAAUUCGUCGAUUCCUUGGGUCUGUAUCGCUUUGAUAGCCAUCUACAUUAUUCUUUUUGCUGCCGGUGCUGGUUCCAUUCCUUGGUUUCUGGUCACGGAAAUUUUCAAUCAGGAAGCGAGACCUACGGCUGUUUCUCUCGCAGUGCCAGUCAAUUGGAUUGCUAACUUUAUUGUCACUCUAACGUUUCCUCCGAUUGCGGGGCUUAUUGGACCUUUCGUGUUUCUUAUUUUUGUCGUCUUGAAUGUACUCUUCUUUAUUUUCAUCCUCAAGAUGGUGCCAGAAACCAAGAACAAGACGGUGGAAGAAAUUGUGAGCCAGUGGAAAGAGUAGAAGAUUAUAAUGUUUUGGAAAUAAACUUGAAAUGUAUUUUUUUA